CUUUUAAAACCACGCCCACUUGUUUUCUUCAGAACUUACAAAGAAACCAAAAUCAUUGUUGCUUUCCAUCCUUACACAAAGUACAUCUGCAGAAAAGCAAUGGGUAAAGCACUGCCUGCGCUCCUCUUCUUGUACUUCAUUUCAGUUGGAAAGUUGGUCACAGCUAAUAAUUGUCAGCAGAAAACUUGGUGUGUAGCCAAGCCAUCUUCAGACCAAGCAACUUUACUGGCAAAUAUUAACUAUGCAUGCUCUCAAGUUGAUUGCAGAAUUCUGCAGAAGGGUUGUCCUUGCUUUUCUCCAGAUAAUCUCAUUAACCAUGCCUCCAUAGCCAUGAAUCUCUACUACCAGUCCAGGGGAAGGAACAAAUGGAAUUGCGAUUUCAGGAACUCUGCUCUCAUUGUCAUCUCUGAUCCCAGUUAUGCUGAUUGCAUAUAUGCAUAAUGUGAUUUGCCCGUGAAAAGUUGUAGAAGCUUUUGGCUUGGUUUUUGAAUAUUGUUGCAGAAUAGUGUAGUCUAAUUCUAAUAUGCAAUCUUUUGCCUAAUUUAGUUAAGUUCUGUCUGUGUAAUUGUCACUCAAAGGAAAAUGAAAGAUAAUUUACUGUUGCA